AUUUUCCUCACCAACCGUUCAUUCUAUGAACCUUCGUUCUCUUAUACAAGAAGUAAGUCAUCACACACUUAACAUAAACAAAUACCCCUCUUACUACCACCAUCCGCCAUGGAUCCAAACUCCAACAAGGAGGUUCUCCGUGAAUUCCCCCGCCUCUUCCGCCAGUACAAAGACGGAACCGUCGAGCGAUUCAUGGGCACUGACACCACCCCUCCCGGCACCGAUCCACUCACCAACGUCCAAUCUAAAGACGUCACCAUCAACCCCCAAAAAGGCGUUGCCGCCCGCCUGUACCUCCCACCAAACCCCGCCGGAAAACUCCCUCUCCUCAUCUACAUCCACGGCGGUGCCUUCUGCAUCUGCUCCCCCUUCAAUACCACCUACCACCGCCACCUCAACACACUCACCGACGAGACCAACGCCGUCGUCGUUUCCGUCCACUACCGCCUCGCACCGGAACACCCCCUCCCCACCGCAUACGACGACACAUGGGAAGCCAUACAGUGGACCGCCACACACGCCGCCGCACACGGAGGCGGCCCUGAGCCCUGGCUCAACGACCACGCGGACUUCUCCCGCGUGUUCUUAGCCGGAGACAGCGCCGGCGCCAACCUUGCUCAUAACAUGGCCAUGCGCGGUGCUGUCGAGGGUUUCGGAGGGUUCACUCUCGACGGCGUCGUUUUGAUCCAUCCGUACUUCGGUAACGACCAGAGAGACGAACUCACAGAAUUUCUUUACCCUUCUUACGGAGGGCUAACCGACCCGAAAAUCCAUCCGGAAAAGGAUCCGAACCUAUCGGGUUUGGGAUGCAGGCGCGUGUUGGUUUUGGUUGCGGAGAAAGAUUUCUUGAGAGAGAGAGGGAGGAGUUACUACGAAACGGUUAAGGGAAGCGCGUGGAGUGGGACGGUUGAGAUGGUUGAAACUGAAGGAGAAGGACACGUGUUCCAUUUGAUGAACCCUUCUGCCGAAAAAUCUGUGGACCUUGUUAAACAGAUUGUUUCCUUCAUUAAACAGAGCCAGUGCUAGAGACCCUGCCCUUUAUUUUGUUUGUCCUAGCUUGAUUAUGAGUGAGACCCACAAACUUCAAUGCCUUUUGGGUUGUUUCUUUUCCCUGUUUUUUGUGCUGUUAUUUGGUAUAGCAAUAAUAAUAAAUUGGAUGGUCAAAUACUGAAA